GUAUCCCCCACCUUUUAGUCUCCCCUUCCUGAUGGAGGGGGUAUAGGAUGUAGAGAAGGAUAGGGGGAUAUGGAAGAUAAAAGAAGGACCAUAAGGAGGGGAACUAUGAUGUAAUGCUCUGCCAAUGAGACUUCCUUAAUUUGGAUAGAGGGUGGGGCAUGGGGUAGCUCAUUUACGUGACUGGUGGGAACAGGGAGGGUGGGAGGAGCAAUAGAACCUCAAGGAUAUAAUACAGAGACUGUCAAGACAAGUCAACACAUGAUACAGGAUUGCUCAACAAGAAGUCACAACAGGAUAUGGGACUGUCCAACAACAACUAAAACAGAAUCCGACCAUGAUGCCUAUGUAGGUGUCAUGGUAUAUUCCACUGGUGCUUCAUGAUGCCUACCUUGGAGUCAUCAUACUGAAGGGGUUAAGCUGGGUACAAAAUGCAAAAUCUGUUCUUUUAAUCCCCUUCUUUCUUGUAGAUGCUUAUAAAGAUUUCAUGCAUUGCUUCUGGUGCUGGUAAUUGUUUCGUAUUGAAGUGAAAUGGUUAAAAUGCACAAAAAAAAAAAAAAAUUUCAUUAGAUUUUGAUUCUUUGGACACUGACAAUGGAUUUAAAAAUGCAUAAAAAAAAAAAAAAAAAUCAGUCAGCAAUGAAAACUCAGUGUUUCCUUCACCACUACCACCACAACCACCACCAAGAUUGGGACUGGAGGUGGGAGGAUCGAGGGGUGUAUGUGACACAGCCUUACUCCAUGGAGGUGAAGGCACAAGUAUGUGGUAACCACCAGAUAUCUCGGAUCGUCUCCCACACUGACCCACUCAACGUGACCCUGACUGAUGAUGCCAUGUCUGCCCAGGUGAGCCAGGACGGAGGGUUCAGCUGCGACCACGACUGGAGCAUGCUGGUGUACUACAGGAGUGCCUAACGGCCCCACCUGUUGCGGGAGACCGGUGAACGCUCUGCCACUGGGAUCAUGAAGGAUGACCUGCUCAUGCUGAACCUCUUCCCAGAGGUGCCCACCAACACCUACUCCAGCAGGAAUGAGAUUAUCUUUGUCAUCGACCGCUCAGGAAGCAUGCAUGGGGAAAAGAUAGAGAGUGCCCGGGCAACACUUCUUCUGUUCCUGAAGAGUCUGCCUCUGGGUUGCCUCUUCAACAUUGUCAACUUCGGCUCAUCCUUCUCAGUGCUCUUCAAGAAGUGAGUGGUCCAGACUGGGUUAGGAUAAGUGAGAGGUCAUUCUUCCUCUUCCUCCUAUAUUUAUCUUGUCUCAUCUUUCUCAUCUUCUAUCUUUUAAUUUACUUCCAUUCCUCCUCCUCC